AUGGAUCUGCUCCGACCACACGGAAGUCCCAGGAGAAUCCGGCUCCAGUUACAUGUAGAGAAGGCGUGCAGACUCUUUUUGAAAGCAGCGGACAUAGGGGAGAAUCCGCUGACCGACUCAAGGGAACCUGGACAUCCUGUCGGUCUGAAGGUUUGCCAAAUUCAUCUCAUUGCACUCGUAUCCGUGACAAUCAAGUACAGGUGUGGUUCCAAGACCUACCGUUUCGUAGCGGUGUAUAUCGCUGAGUCUCCCAUCUUCCAGCUGCAGGUCACAUUCGCUGCCAUGCAGGAGAGUACGCAAAGCGCAUUCAACCCCGUGAAGCUCGUCGAGAGUUUGAAGCUGCGAACGUCAGAACAGCAAGACGCUCAAGAGUUCUCGAAGCUCUUCAUGGCUCACCUCGACACUGAGUUUGCCAAGCAAUCGGACCCGGGACUGAAGACGCUUAUUUCUGAUCAAGGAAAGCAGUCGUAUUGCACAAUUUGUGAGAAAUGCCAACAUCGCUCAGAGCGCGACUCCGAUUUCCUGGAGAUUGAAGUCAAUAUCAAGGAAGCCAAGAGAUAUACCGAACUGAAGGAAUUGCCUCCCGUGGUUCAUUUCUCACUCUUACGCUUCGUCUACGAUCUCGCGUCUAUGGAACGCAAGAAGAGCAAGCACACCAUCUCUUUCCCUACUUUUAUUGACAUGGAUCGAUUCCUGGGCCCGCCUGAGGAGCGUAAGCAGCGCGGGAAGCAGAACAGCGGGAAAAGUAAGAACCUGUACGAGUUGCGGGGUGUCCUCCUUCACAAGGGUGCGAGCGCAUACCAUGGUCACUAUGAGGCGCAGGUUUUCGACCUUCAGAAUAAAGCGUGGUAUCAGUUCAAUGACGAGACCGUCACGAAAAUCGACUCUUUGGAGGCCAAACCCAAUACGUCCAAAGAUAAACCAAAGGCAGAGGCGGACAGCAAAGGGAAAAAGGCAAACGGCCACUCACAACAGCAGCCCAAGAAGCGUCGCCGAGUCGACAGUGAUAGCGACAUCGAGAUCAUAGAGUUCGUCUCAAGCCCACCAGCGCCGAAGGGCACGAGCGCUCCCGAAACCACAGCCUACAUCUCCUCUAAAGAGGCGUACAUGCUUGUAUACUCUCGGAUCGAUGAUAACAGAAAAGCAGAAAUGAAGGAUUGUGUUGCCGGUCAGAGCUGUGGUGGUGGCUUGAAAAUGCGAGCGGCUACGCCUGACGCUCUCACACCACCCCAUCGCGCACAGCAGGCAGUCAGCACCUUGAACGAUGCACAUCAAGAAGCAUGCAAAGCUUUCGUCCAGCGGGAGAGAGAGACUAUAGCACGUUUCGAUGAGAUCAGAAAUAGAAUGAGGGAAGUCUACAAAUCCUGGAAUAUAACCUUACGGGACCAGCAGGCGCGGUCAGAAUCACCCAAUGGUGUCCAGCACGCAGAUAAAGCAGAUGAUACCAAGACCAGUGAAGCAUCUGUGCCUGCAGAACAACAAACCAAUGUCUCAGAUCUUGUCAGCGACAUCACGCCAAGAGAACAGGCGUCAUCUAUUUCGGAGAUUGUAUGCAGCCAUGGCAAAUUGGAUCCAGACAAAGGGAGCGAUAUGAAACUAAUCACCAAGAUCGCCUAUGAGCGCAUCGCAACUGAAGACCAUUACGGAUGGAAUCCUGUACUUUCGCCUGCCGACGUGUGCGAACUGUGCGUGAAGAACAUGUUCACCGUAGGAGAAGAUGAUCCUGGAUUCUGGGUGUCGAAGCAAUGGCUGAAAGAUUGGCGAUUGACGAAGCCAAAGAUGCACUCUGCUUCACAGGGUGACCUUCCGCCUGAUGCCGCUGAGUUUGUACAGCAUGUAAGAUGCGAGCACGGAGGCCUAUCUGCGAAUGUUACCGCCCGCCGGAAGAUAUCUCUUGAGAUACCGAACCGUGUGCUGUCUGCGAAGCUAUCGUCCACAUUUCAAAAGAAGACAGGCGUGAAUAUCGAAGACAGGCGGAAGAGGAGAAGCUAUUCCGCAGGCCCUCUGAUUGCGGUUGAAAACACAGGUGGGCGGAUGGAUCAUGACAUUGCCAUAUGUCAAGACUGUCGCCUGAAACGAAAGUCUGACUUCGAUAUGACUGAGAUUACUGUCCGCAUUCUGGGGGCGAAAGAUCCGAUACCUACCUCAGGGUCUUGUUCAGAAGAAUCCGUACAAGUAUCACAGCAACACUUGGGUCCGCGACCAAUUACAACAUAUGGCUCCCGUAAGGCUGGCGGCUUGCGACAGUCUAAUCGUAUCAGGCAAGGUCGACAAGUGAAGCAGCGCAGAGUCACAAUCACGAAGGCAAUGACAGUCAAGGAUCUUAAGGUAUCGUUGCAAGAAGAGUUAAACGUCCCUGUGAUUUCUCAACGACUCUUCUAUCGUGGAGCAGAACUUGAAGAUAGCUCAGCAACAGUCCUUUCAUUAGGAAUCCUGGCGAAUGACUUCCUCGAUCUCCGGGAACAGACCGAGGACAUUGAUUUGCUCUCUGACACUGACAAUGAGCGUGACAAGCGAAAGAGACGCAAGGAAGGCCCAGGUUUCGGUGGUACCUUGCUGAGCAUUCUGAAUACGUACAGGGUCAAAGCAACGAAAGCAAUCGGUACUUCCUACAUAUGCAACAAUAGCGAACUCGCCGUCAUGAGGACGUCGACCUCGCUGGAUAAUGGUCCAACCAUGUCGACCGCCUGCGCGACAGCAGACUGCGUUGCGACAGAGACAUCCUUCACCGUCACUUGUGAUGCGACGGUAGACGGGGAAGAGGGCAUUCCUGACGACACAGCAGCUACUGUGCGCACGACUUGUUGUGCUGCGGCUGUGAGCGCGUUCGACUGUGAUCCGGAGCCAUCAUGGCCCUCCCCCGCCAUUUUGGAAUUGAAGGCUUGGGCAGUCACACCAGAGCUUGCAACUCCGGCCCUGCAUCAUUGGGCGAUGCCACCACCUGGGACUGGGCUUCUUGAGCUACGCGCUGUGCGGCAGUGGUCAAAACCUGCACCACCUGAGAAUCUGGCGCAACCACUGGAGCUACUGGAGCUAUCGUGGAUUGCGCGCGCAUCAAUCUACCCGAAGGACACCAAAACUGAUACGGAGAUCAGAAUUGAGCAGUAG